CCGGCUUUUUCAUUCGAGACCUAUAUCUUAUAUACGUAACACAUAUAAAAUGUUUGUGUCGCGGUUCGAAAAAAUCGUGGAAUGUCGUAUAGUGAGUUUUCUAAGAAGAAAUCAUGUGUGGACGAAAAAUAGAAUUGUGAAAUCACCUUACCGUGAUAUUGAAAUAACUAAUUUUUCUGUGUCCGAAUAUAUUUUAAGUAAUAUACACAAAUGGGAGAACAAAACAGCUGUGGUAUGUGGGAUCACCGACAGACAAUAUACAUAUGGGCAGCUUUACAAACAUUCACGGACAUUAGGGGCUCAUUUGAGACGAAACUUCAAAUUACAAGAUGGCGACGCUGUUGCAGUAAUGAUGCCGAAUUUGCCGGAGUACCCCAUCACGUUACUCGGCAUAUUAUCAGCAGGGGGUGUUGUUACAACUCUCAAUCCAGUAUAUACAUCGUAUGAAGUACAAAGACAAAUAGCAAUGUCAGAUACUAAACUUAUAUUCACAAUCCCAGAAGUAGUUCCCGUCAUUCAAGAGGCUUUAUCUCUAGCAAAGAAAAACAUUCCUAUAAUUGUCAUGGAUGUGGAAAACAACCGUCAAGACGGCACAAUUUCGUAUAAAGAAAUCGUUAAUAACACAAACGUUGAUUUAAGUAUUCUUAAAGAGGUUAAAAGGAAUCCAGAAGAUGUCUCUUUUCUUCUAUACUCUAGUGGAACUACGGGAUUGCCUAAAGGCGUGGAAUUAACCAAUAGGAAUAUCGUUGCCAAUUGUAAGCAGCAAGAUACAGAUUUAAGAAUGUAUGACUUUACUACUGAAACAAAUCAAGAUGCUGCUCUUGCAAUAAUUCCAAUGUACCAUUCAUAUGGUUUGACUGUGGUCACCCUUCACAAGUUGGCAGUUGGGUUGAAAUUGGUGACAAUGCCGAAAUUCAAACCGGAAACAUGCGUCAAGGCUCUGGAAAAACAUAGCAUUGAUUUGUUUUUUUUGGCCCCACCACUCAUGCUUUUCCUGAGUUCGUAUCCUGGAGUGAAGGCAAAGCAUAUUGAGCGUUGCAGAUCUGUCACCAUUGGAGGAGCACCGUUACCCAAAGCUGAUAUUGAAGCGUUUCUGAAAAAAGUUGAGAGAGAUGUUCACGUUGGACAAGCGUAUGGAUUAACGGAAACAAGUCCAGUAGCAACAUUAGCACCUCUUGGCUUCAAGAACUAUACAUCUGUUGGUUAUGCUAUACCAAACGUCGAGCUUCGGAUAAUUGAUAGCGAAUCAAAUAAUUUGGGACCUAAUGAGGUUGGAGAAUUACUAAUCAAAGGGCCUAACGUUAUGAAAGGAUACAAAAAUAACCCCGAAGCCAACAAGCAGGCGUUGGUUGAAGAUGGCUGGUUCCGGAGUGGUGAUUUGGCCAGUAUUUCUGAUGAUGGAGUACUAACCAUUGCUGAUAGGUUAAAGGAGCUGAUCAAGGUCAGCGCAUUCCAGGUCGCUCCAGCUGAACUAGAAAGUGUUUUAAAAGAACAUCCAGAUGUCUUUGACGCAGCAGUUGUACCUAUACCAGAUCCAAUCACUGGGCAAAAGCCAAAAGCCUUUGUAGUGUUGAAAGACAACAAACACACAAGUGAUAAUGAUAUCCUAGCAUUUGUUAGUAAAAGAGUUGCGCCAUACAAGCGAAUUAAGGAAAUUGCUUUUCUUAAUGAAAUACCCAAGAACCCGUCGGGAAAGAUUAUGAGAAGGACACUUGUUGAAAAAUAUUGUUCGUAGAAGACUUAUCUCUAUUCAUAAACAUACACCCAUAUACACAUUACUUGUAUAUAUAGGUCUGUUAUCUAAAGCUGGCGGCUUCAACCCAUUUACACUUUGUACUUGUGUAGUGUCUGUGAAUAAGCGCGAGGCGUGACGUCACACUGAAUAUGCAUCAUGAAAAGACUGUCCGUCUCUCUCGCGCUCGGUCAAGCUUAUGAGUAUAAAAGAGACAGUUAUUGUUUUGCUUUAGCUACUGUUUAUAAAUACAUGUUAAUCUUUUUCUCAUUAUUAUUUUGGCUGUGAUUGUUUACUUAUUUGGUUGGAAGUUAGAAUACUUAGAAAAAAUGUCUUAUGAAAUAAUUGGUUCCGGCAGAACAUUAACAGGACAAUUUCGUGAAAUAGUGUACAAUAUUUUUCAUUAUUUUAAGCAUUUUAAUAAAAACAGUUUAAUGAACGAAUUGUUAGUAAAGUACGCAAUCAAAAUAAUAUAAUAUAUUAUCGUAUAAUAUAUCAUAUCCAGAAAAAAACAAAACCCAACCUUACUAAAACCAAAGUAGACUAAAUAUAGCUUGGCAAAAAAGUCGUAUUUUUAAACAUACUGUAUAGUGAAAUUGCAUUAGUGUGAGUAUUGUGAACGCGCCAGCUUUCGAUAACCGACCUAUACAGUCUGAAUUGCGUUCGUGUCACUCCAAAUUCAGUGCGACAAUAAAAUUAAGUUUUCAUAUGAGUUAUGACAAUUAGUUUUUAGAAGACUUCAAAAGAAAACAGAAGAAAAGCAUUUAUAAGACGUGUAAAUUUUUGGUGUAUUUUCAUAACCCCUCGUUUUCCCAAAUAUGUAUACGUCCUAAUUGGAUCCUUAUAUUCCUACACUAUUUCUUUUGUAUUAUUCGGUUCAUCGUCGAACAUUGAGGCAGAAUAAGAAAUUCCACCUGUAUCACCUUGACGCCUGUCGUUCCACAACUGAGCGUUAUUAAGACGAGCGUUAUUGAGCGUUUUGCCGCGCAUCACCAUUAUCAACCUUGCGAUUCUGUAACUCACUUUUCGAACUCUCACAGCGGUUUUCGCAGCGGCGGUCGCGCUCAAAUCAGUCGUGAAGCAGUCAUUUUAUGAUUUGGCAUUCUGAUAAGGCGGGAGCUUGUAGUUUAUUUUUUAUUUACUGAUAUUUACUGAAGUGUUUCCGAACCUAUUCGCUCUGUCAUUUGAGCGUUUCCAUACGUUAGUUUGGCUUGGGUCACGCCGUAAUGUUUUAUCUUAAAGUCCUUGGCCAUAUUAGAUAUGAUUAUACUGAAGUUAUUUCUGUUUACUAUUGACUUCAUAUCAAGCAGUAACCUUUUCUUUGUCAUAUUUUAUACGCACAUGUUUCAAGAAAAGAGCGUACCAGUAUAGGCUCUUGCAAGCCCUCUGCCAUUGAGAGUGUCCAUGGGCAUUACUUAACAUAAAUUGAUUCCCCUGCCAGUUUACUAGGAGAAAUAAUUGUCUUAAAUACAAUGUCAAUCAAUACAGA